AAUCAAGUCUUACUUCUGAUAAUAUCGAAUUAGCUAAUAUUAUUUCACAACUCAGGUCUAAAUAUAAAUGUGAUAUUCACUCUACUCCUUGUUAUGUAGAAGAUCUUAGGCAUCAUAUUCAACUAACACAUACAUGCUUACAACUAUGGUCAAGAGAUAUAAAGGCCAAAAUAACAACUAUUGAAACCUCACCUAUAUACCCUACAUUCAGAAUAUCUUACCAAAAAAUUAAUCAAUUAAAAAAUGAAAUCGAGCAAUUAAAAAACCAAAAUUCUGGAGAUUCUAAUUUAAUUCCAACACUUCAUGAAUUUUUAGAAACAUUAGACAAAAAAUAUAAUAGUAAUAGAGGUUACUUGAUCUUAGAACCUGCAUUUGCACAAGAGGAAAUAACUGUAAAUAUCAUCAAGGACUUAAGUGAUGCAGAAUUUAUUAAAUUAGGAGUCAACAAGAUUAG